GUUUCAAGCCGCACAAUGGGUGGAGAUCACUGCUGUUUCCUUCCAAAUACCAACUGACCAUCAGCCCACGGGAAACGGUGCCCGUUUAGAGGGAUUUGUGCGAUGUGCCAGGACUUGUGGAUCUGGAUUACAUAAGCAUAAUGGACUGGGCUUUGACAAGACUUCCCUGCUAAAGGAUUUACACCAUCAGUCUUUGAUCUGUUUGUCAUAAUAUUGGACAGUCAACUCAUGUUGGACCAUCACUAUCUCCAAACCAGCAUUCAUACUUGCAGCAGUUUGUCACCUUCACUGUGGAUGCUGUUUUUGGAUUAACACCAUCUGAAAAUCCACAACCACGGAAUCACGCGCUGUUCUCUGGCCAGUGUUUGUGUUUUUAUGUCUUGUUCUGGGUGGCGGUCCAUCGCAGGUCCAGCUCUACAAAAUCAUGGAACCCAAUAUGGAGUACAUUGUCACGCAGGUGACCCAGAAAGAGGUUGGGCGGCGAUUUCAGGUGGGACCAGAAAUCAUAGACUACAUCCUGGACAGGCAGAAGUCACAUGAUCUGGAACAUGAUCAGACGAUGCUGGACAGGAUGGUGGACAGUCUAGCGACCACGUGGGUCAACGCAAGUAAUUUCAAGGUGGCACUGCUGGGAAUGGAUAUAGUUUCUGCUUUAGUGACCAGACUACAGGAACGCUUCAAAACACACAUAGGAACAGUUCUUCCUAGUUUAAUUGAUCGUUUAGGCGAUUCCAAAGACCAAGUUCGCGACCAAGUGCAAACGCUACUCUUAAAAGUGAUGGACCAAGCGGCCAAGCCACAGUAUGUUUGGGACCGAAUGCUGAGCGGAUUCAAGCAUAAAAACAACAGAACCAGAGAAGCUGUUUGCUUUUGCCUGAUUUCCACUCUUAAUGUAUACGGAGCCCAAGGUUUAACCCUCAGCAAGAUUGUUCCUCAUAUUUGUAAUCUUUUGGGAGACCCCACGAGUCAGGUCCGAGACAGCGCAAUGAAUUGCCUUGUGGAGAUUUACAAACAUGUGGGUGAGAGAGUGAGGAUCGAUCUGGGGAAAAAGGGACUCCCGCAAUCACGGUUGAAUGUGAUUUUCAGCAAGUUUGAUGAAGUCCAGAGGUCUGGCAAUAUGAUCCUGUCUGCAGAUAAGAACAUAGAUGAUGAUGAUUCCAUGGAAGGAGGCCGUUCCUCGUCGUCUUCUAAAGGAGCAGCGUCGGUGCGGCGAACGGGAUCCAUGCGGCUGCCGAGCUCCGCCUCCAGCACGAAGAGUUCAGGUAAAGAAAGCGCAAGUGCUGGUGCCCUUGAUGAAGAAGACUUCAUUCAUGCCUUUGAAGAUGUGCCUACAGUACAGAUCUACUCCGGUCGAGAGCUCGAGGAGUCCAUGAAUAAAAUCGGAGAAAUUCUCUCCAGUGACAAACACGACUGGGAGCAGAGAGUGGCAGCAUUGAAGAAGGUGCGCUCUCUUCUGUUGGCGGGCGCGGCAGACUACGACGGCUUCUCACAGCAUUUGCGGCAACUCGAGGGGCCGUUGAAAUUGUCAGCCAAAGAUCUGCGCUCGCAGGUUGUGCGAGAGGCCUGUAUCACACUGGGGCAUCUGUCAUCUGUGUUGGGGAAUAAGUUUGAUCAUGGAGCCGAGAAUAUCAUGCCAACGUUACUAAACCUAGUACCAAACAGCACGAAAGUGAUGGCCACAUCUGGAGUGGCAGCGAUCCGUCUUAUUAUACGACACACACACUACUCCCGACUGAUCCCAAUCAUGACCAGCAACUGCACGUCUAAAUCUGUGGCCAUCAGACGCCGCUGUUUUGAGUUUUUAGAUCUGUUGCUUCAAGAGUUGCAGACGAAUUCUUUGGACAGGCAUGUGACUGUUCUCAUGGAAACGAUUAAGAAAGGAGUUCAUGAUGCCGAUUCGGAAGCAAGAUCCGUUGCAAGAAAAUGUUACUGGGGUUUUCACGCACACUUCAGAAAAGAGGCGGAGCAGCUCUUUCAGGCGCUGGAACUGAACUAUCAGAAAGCGCUUCAGUCUCAUCUGAAGGGUUCGGACAGUAUCAUGUCACUGCCGCAGUCCGAUCGCUCGUCCUCAAGCUCACAAGAGAGUUUAAAUCGUCCACUGUCAGCUAAAACGCCAGUCGGGAGCAACUUGAGCAGGACUAAAGCCGGGAGUUCUCGCGUGUCGUCCACGCCGGGCUCACUGCAACGAUCGCGCAGUGACAUCGACGUCAACGCUGCAGCCAGUGCCAAGUCACGAAUGCCCACAGUACCCGCCGCUGCCCCCUUCAGCUCUGCCGCAGCAUUGCCGCCCGGAUCCUACGCCUCACUAGGCCGUGUGCGCACAAGACGACAGAGUUCAGAGACUGCUGCUGGGGGCGGAGCCUCUGUGACAGACAGCAGAGGGAGGAGCCGAGCCAAAAUUGUGUCCCAAUCACAACCUGGCAGUCGGUCUAGCUCACCUGGGAAGCUGUUGGCUCAUUCUUAUGGAAGAACUCCUCGCAUCCCUGGAUCCAAUGGAAAGGCAUCAGAUAAACGCAGCAAAAUUCCCUGGAGUCACGGCUGCAGUCGAGAGACCAGCCCGACCUGCAGCAGAGAGGAUCAGUUUGGUCUGAUUCAUCACGCUCGUAUCUCGGCGUCUGUUAAUGCCAUGCGGAUCUUGAACACGGGCACAGAGGUAGAAGCUGCUGUAGCAGACGCUCUGCUGUUAGGCGACUCCAGGAAUAAGCCGAGGCCGAUGCGCCGCCGUUAUGAGUCUCCUGGCAUGUACUCUGAUGAUGAUGCCAACAGUGACGCGUCCAGCGCGUGUUCAGACCGCUCUUAUGGAGGGAUCCCGCAUUACCUGCGUCAGACGGAGGACGUGGCUGAAGUUCUGAAUCAUUGCGCCAGCUCCAACUGGUCUGAGCGGAAGGAAGGGCUGUUGGGACUCCAGAACCUUCUGAAGAGCCAAAGAGUCCUCAGUCGUGUAGAGUUGAAGAGACUCUGUGAAAUCUUCACCAGAAUGUUUGCAGACCCACACAGCAAGAGAGUGUUCAGUAUGUUCCUGGAGACGCUGGUGGAUUUCAUCAUGAUACACAGAGAAGAGCUUCAGGAUUGGUUGUUUGUGUUGCUCACACAGCUGCUGAAGAAAAUGGGGGCCGAACUUUUGGGGUCCGUUCAGGCCAAAGUUCAGCGGGCCCUAGAUGUUACUAGGGAUUCGUUUCCGUACGAUCAGCAGUUUAACAUCCUGAUGAGAUUUAUUGUUGAUCAAACGCAGACUCCAAACCUCAAGGUGAAGGUGGCGAUCCUGAAGUACAUUGAGUCUUUGUCCAGACAGAUGGAUCCAUCCGACUUCAUUAAUUCGAGCGAGACUCGAUUGGCUGUUUCUCGAAUCAUCACAUGGACGACAGAACCAAAGAGCUCAGAUGUUAGAAAGGCAGCACAGAUGGUUUUGAUCGCCCUGUUUGAGCUGAACACACCAGAAUUCACCAUGUUGUUGGGCGCCCUUCCCAAAACCUUCCAGGAUGGAGCUACAAAACUUCUACACAACCAUCUAAAGAACAACAGUAACGCCACUGCAGUGGUAUCUCCCAGCAGUACAGUUGGACGAACGCCCCCGAGACAUCCCGUUACCCGGACGAGCCCCCUGGCAUCACCGACUACCGGUUCUCGUGGCGGACUUUCACCCAGUAUGUUGGAGUACGACACAGAGAACAUGAAUUCUGAGGAGAUCUUCAGCUCUUUGAGAGGCGUAACUGAAGCCAUCCAGAGCUUUAAUUUCCGCAGUCAGGACGACAUUCUGGAGCCAAACAAACGUGACGGCAAGAGGGACGAGACGACGGGUGUGGCGUCGUCGUGUGCAGACCCUCGACUGUCUGCAGGUCUGAUGGAGGGGGGCCGAACCGCACUGGACAACAAGACGUCAUUAUUAAACACGCCGUCCACGCGGGCGUUCAGCGGGCCGUGGUCGCGCGAGUACAACCCGUACAACUACAGCGACUGUAUCAGUGCCUACGAGAAGGGAGCGCUCGCCGUGUUUGAAGACGUGGAGCAACUCCGAGACGGUCAUCAACAAAACUGUGGGGAAAACAAAAUCAUACAUACUAAGAGUUUUUCUGCAGGACCCGGGCAGCACCUGGAGAUUGUUGGUGACCUGCUGAAGGAGCUGUCCAAUCACAGCGAGCGCGUGGACGAGAGGCGGGCCGCUCUGCUGGAGUUGUUGAAGGUUACCCGUGACGACAGUCUGGCUGUGUGGGAGGAGCACUUUAAAACCAUGCUGCUGUUGCUAUUGGAGACGCUGGGAGAUAAAGAUCACACUAUUCGAGCGUUGGCGCUGCGUGUUCUGAAGGAGAUCAUGCGCAGUCAACCAGCGCGAUUUAAAAACUACGCAGAACUCACCAUCAUGAAAACACUGGAGGCCCAUAAAGAUUGUCACAAAGAGGUGGUGCGGGCUGCAGAAGAAACUGCGUCGACACUCGCGAGCUCCAUCCACUCUGAACAGUGCACUAAAGUUCUGUGUCCAAUCAUCCAGACGGCCGAUUAUCCCGUCAACCUCUCCGCUAUUAAAAUGCUGACCAAAGUCAUCGAGCGCAUUUCCCAUGAUUCCCUGCUUCAGCUCCUACCCGACAUUAUACCAGGACUGCUACAGGGUUAUGAUAACACCGAGAGCAGUGUACGGAAGGCCAGUGUGUUUUGUCUGGUGGCCAUUUAUUCUGUUAUUGGUGAAGAUCUGAAGCCACAUCUACAGCAGCUGACCGGCAGUAAGAUGAAGCUGUUGAAUCUGUACAUCAAACGAGCUCAGACCACCAACAGCAACAGCAGCAGUUCUUCAGACAUCUCGUCUCACAGCUGAACUGCCCUCUGAUGCCCCUCUAAUCCACCCCGUCAUCUCCGCUGAAUCCUGCUGAUGUUACCCGUCCUUUAACUCUGUCAAACGAUUGUGCACACAGAACUCUUGCAGUUGUCCAUCGUGCGAGUAGAUCCUGUUUAGACGCACGUAUAAAUGCGCCUUUUAAAAGGCCAAUGCUUUAUUUACUAUUUUAAGAGGCGUAACGACUUCAACUGCAGUUUUGUAAUUGGUUGCGUUAGAGUUUGAACGGAGAUCUGCUACCAUGACAAUAGUGCGUGUGCAGUGAUUGUGCCAAUGUUACCUCUUCGUCUGUAAGAAAACCAACGUUAUACCUUUUAUUCGCCAACAGAAGAGUCUCACAUUUCUCAUCGCAAUCAGUUUCGGUUUCAUUUAAAAUACGUUUUUUUGCGAAUGAAAAUUCUGUCAUCAUUUACUCACCAUCAUGUCGUUCCAAACCUUUAUGACUUCUUCAGUGGAACACAAAUAAGGCCAGGAUUUUUAAGUUCCUUUUCAGUUCGGCCAAUCAGAAGUUGCGUUACUGUUAAAGAGUUGCGUGUUUGGCUUCAGUGACGUCAUCAGUGACUGUAACGCCCGUCUAAAGAGUUGUUUAUUACAGAGUUUAACGCUGCUGCCUAAUUUGUUAAGCUCGUAGCGAGUAUUAGAGCGAAUUAAACAUUCAUUUUGGACAUUUAAAAAUAUGCAAGAACAGAGAUUGUAUUUGUACAGUACUUUGUUUUAUUUCUGGCCGACAAGUGAAGCGUUAAAUUUGAAGUUUUUCUUGAUGUUAAGCCUACAUAUAAGAUUAUUUAAAAAAUCAGUGAGAAAUUUGGGUUAGCAUGAAUAUGUUUUAAAGGACCAUGAUAUUAUUUUAUGCUUUACACAUUUACUUUUCUGGUUAAAGGUCUUGUUGAUGCUUUUGUUUUAUUUUAAUUUUUUUACAAAACGUACAAUUGAAUAAUCUCGGAUUUCAGAAAGUAUUAGUAUCUGCCUUAAUGGUGCAUUUAAAAGAUGACGUUCCAACAUUUAAUCACACUGAAUUGAAUUUAUGUUUUGCAAAUUAAAUAUUUCACUAAUGUACACGCUAGCUUUACAGAAUAUUGACAGGCUGUAUAUCAAAUACUUGAACGCAAUGUCGUAAGAUAGACUGUAAAAGCGAAGUUAUCCGUGGAAUUCUUAACUUUUUAGAGCAAUAAUUUUAAAAAUAAAUAAUCCAAAUUGGAUUUUGCUAGUACUUAAAUCACUGUUUGGAAGGUUUGUGCUUGUACGGUCGUUUAAAGUGCUCGAUUAGUCAUUUUGUAAGAUGUUUUAAAUAUUGGUGCUUAAUUGAAUUACUGAAUGUUUUUCAUUCUUUGGUUUGAUAGAAGGGCCUUACCAUGUACUAUAACAUCAGUUUCUAAAAAGAAAAUCACAUUAUCCUACACUCUUGUUUUAAGUCCCAAAGAACAUUGCACACAAAUUACUACAAAUCUGAAGGUGUUCCUCAGUGAAUCACCUACAAUCCGUCUAGUCAUUGUUAAAGGAGUAGUUCAUCCAAAAAUGAUAAUUCAGUGAUUGUUUACUCACUCUUGUUGUAACUCUAUAAGACUUUCUGUCUUUUUCUGAACAC